UUCAAUGUACCUCAAUGCGACUGAGCUAUGUGCGCCACGUGAACCUUAUUCCGCCUGAAUAACUGCCCCCUUAAUUGUCAGCUAAAAAUGGUGCCUGAAUCAACCUCGUCUAAACUUGGUAACGUAGAAGAUGUUGUUAUAGAUGAUCAUGGAAAAUUUAAAUAUAUUUUAAUACAACUACGCGAAGGAAGCAACAAAAAAAUUGUUGUGCGUGGUUUUCAUUGGGCUGAAUAUCAUGCUGAUAUUUACGAAAAGGAGGAACAAAGUUUUGCUGAACUUGGUAUUCAUACUGAAUGUUUAGGCGGAGGUCGUAUUGAUCAUGAUAAAGAUAAAAAAAUGAUUUUAGUAUAUGGAUAUUCUGUGGGAUUUGGUAGAGCUGACCACUCUAUUGCUGUUGAACUCUUGAAGUUAAAAUUUCCUCAUUAUACUAAAAUAUCUUACACGAAUGAAGGUUAUUAGCAACAGAAAAGAUUUGUACGUUUUUUAUAAAUAUUAGCUUAAUUAUUGAAAGACUGUUGAAAGAAAAAUUAUUUUAAAAAGAUCGAACUUUCUACUUUGUUCUUUGAUAUUAUUGCAUAUAUGAAAAUAAUUGCUGCAUAUAUGAAAAA